GCAAACAGAUUUUAUACAAUGUGUUUAAAUAUGAGGCAAGUGUUUUCUCAGCUUUAAUUUUCUUUCUUUCUGUCUCUCCUUGUGCUUUUUUACAUUUAGCGUUGAGAGGCAAAAUGGUCCAUGCUGAAGCAUUUUCACGUCCUCUGAGCCGAAAUGAAGUGGUCGGGUUGAUUUUUCGUUUAACUAUAUUUGGUGCUGUAACAUAUUUCACCAUUAAAUGGAUGGUUGAUGCCAUUGAUCCGACCAGAAAGCAGAAAGUAGAAGCUCAGAAACAGGCUGAAAAACUAAUGAAGCAAAUUGGAGUGAAAAAUGUCAAGCUUACUGAAUACGAAAUGAGUAUUGCUGCACAUCUCGUAGACCCGCUUAGCAUGCACGUAACCUGGAGUGAUAUUGCAGGCUUAGAUGAUGUUAUUACAGAUUUGAAAGACACUGUCAUUUUGCCUAUCAAGAAGAAAUAUUUGUUUGAAAAUUCCAGGCUCUUACAGCCACCAAAAGGAGUUCUUCUCUACGGCCCUCCUGGCUGUGGCAAAACGCUGAUCGCCAAAGCUACGGCGAAGGAAGCGGGUUGUCGAUUUAUUAAUCUGCAGCCUUCAACACUGACGGACAAAUGGUAUGGAGAGUCUCAAAAACUGGCUGCUGCUGUCUUCUCCCUUGCUAUAAAGCUCCAACCAUCCAUCAUUUUUAUUGAUGAAAUAGAUUCCUUCUUACGAAGUCGGUCAAGUUCUGACCAUGAGGCUACAGCUAUGAUGAAGGCUCAGUUCAUGAGUCUGUGGGAUGGCCUGGACACUGAUUACAACUGCCAAGUAAUAGUGAUGGGAGCCACCAACCGUCCUCAGGAUCUUGACUCUGCAAUCAUGAGAAGAAUGCCAACCCGGUUUCACAUCAACCAACCUGUAAGUCGUGCCAG